CCCUCUGGCUCUGAUCUGUGGAUCUACUGGAUGGACAUGUCUGAUACAAUUAAACCUCGGACUUCAUUCCUCAUAGAGGACAUUCUGUCCGUUAAGGACAGCACAGGCCUUAGUGGAAAAUCCAGUUAUCAGAAGAUGGAGAGAUGUUCACAGUGGGAGGAGGAAGAGUCUGAAAAGUUGACAGAGAAACUUUAUGCUCAGGAGACAGCGUCUGGAGAACACUCAGGGUCUCUGGACAACUCCUGUCCCAUCACCCCAGAGUCCAGCAGUUUGUCCUCCACAGGGAAACAGAGACGCUCCCGAGCUGCAUUCACACACCUCCAAGUUCUGGAACUGGAGAAGAAAUUUAACCACCAGAAAUACCUGUCAGCCCUGGAGCGGGGUCACCUGGCCAACGCCCUGAGACUGACUGAGACCCAGGUGAAAAUCUGGUUUCAGAACCGGAGGUACAAAACUAAACGAAAGCAGCAAACGUCAGAGUUCAGUAAGGAUGGGUACAAAGCCGAGGGACUGCAGGGCCUGAGAGAGGAUUUAGUGCGGUCGUCUCUGAUCACCUCUUUCUGCAAAGCUUACCAGUACAGACCGUACCUGUGGGACUAUAGUGGCCCCUGGGGACCAACAUUAUGGUGAAAGUGACACUGGGAUUUUAAAUCAUUUGUGGUAUUCCUGAUAUUUAGGCUCAAUGUUUCUUAUCAAAGAUGAUUCCUUACACUGUGUCACCGAAUCGUACGUGUGUUCACGUGAUAGCUUCACCAGUUUGGCUAAAAGCAUGACAUUAAGAAAUGUGUAUCUACAGUAUGCAUGAAUAUGAUGUGGUUUUGCACAGCAAACCAUUAAAUCACUGAAUUCACUUGAUUAUUUUAUUGUUUAAUAAACUGAUGCUGAUACAUUUCAUCUGCCUUUGUAUUAAAACGUACAGAAAAUAAAUUGAAUUGAAAAUACCUGUCAUAGAGCAAAUAAUUAAUAUGAAUUAUGAAUUUAAACUAUGCUCCUGAAGUACUGUAUCAAUUCUUCUAACUUGCAGUAUUUUGACAUGAAGCCCAGAAAAAAGAAAGUCUAUUACUGUCAAAAGUUGAGAAAAAAGGGAAACUCUUAAAGUAUCAAAGGAUAAUAUAAUGUUUUCAGUAAAUAAUAAAAAAAUGUACGAUUUGUCGUAGUUGAAGUAAUACUUGAUAUCAUGUUAACCAAUGUAUGAAAGAAUAACAUUGCGAUACUUCCUUGAAUGUUCAUAUGGGAAAUAUUUCAAAUAUCUGUGUGCAGUCAAUGAGGUAAUGGAAGAUAAUAGUGAGAUGAGGGCAAGAAUGGGAAUGGGAGGUGAUACCUUCAAACCGCCCUGAGCUGAUGACUUUGAGAUACACCUGUUUUCUUCAGGAGGCAUUAUGCGAAAUUAAUAUGGAUGUAAGAUUGCAAUUUCUUAUCUGAGAGCUUCUGGUGGCAUUUAGCUUAAAAUGGUUCGGUUUGGAAAACAAACAAAAGUCUCAGACUGAUUAGUUCAUAGGGAAAUUUGAGAUAAUCAUAUUUUGGUCUGAGAACAAGAAUAAAAUAUAAAAUAAUAACCAGGUAUUUAAAUACUUACAGUGCAUGUUUUCUAAAGCUGUGUAAAGUGCAUUGAUUUCUAAAACAAACAUGUGUCUUUGUCUCUUGCAUCAGAGUUUUGCUUGUGCGACUGUGGCAUGAGGUCGAGAACGCAUCAUGUAGCUCAUCACGUGAUUGUGAUAGCGAUUAACAAAACCUGUUUGUUAACAUGACUGCUGCUGGGAACAAGGCUGAACCCACUGACAACCGGUACAGAGCAGACACC